AAAACCGGUAUACUCUCCGAAGGAUCUCAAAAAGAGACUGAUCUGAUGAUUGUCACUUCCAAGUUCCAGCACAGCCAAACAACAACCCCUUAAUCUUCAGUUUCUCUACACAGAUUCACAUGGAUGAGCCGUUCAUCUCUUACGCAAACACCGGCAGGUCUCUCCCGCCGCUCCUCCCUCUGCCUGAAAACAACGAAAUCUGCAUACCUCCGCCGCCCAUCACCCCAUCCCCCCAAGAAAUCAAAGACUUCCUCAUCUUCGGCUCUCCCUCCUCUUCCUCAUCACCUUUCAAAGACUCGAUUUUUCGCGAUAUCUGCAUUCCGCCGCCGCCAAUCUCCCCUUCACCCAGAGAAAUCAAAGAUAUCCUCAUUUUCGGCUCUCCCUCCUCAUCCUCACCAUCUCUCAAAGACUCAAUUUUUAGCGAAAGCUUGAAUCUUGACAACAAUCAGAAGCAAUCCAUCCAUGACCCACAAAUCCCACAAUCAUGGCUAAUCAACCCCAAUUAUCCACCCUCAACGAGCAACCUUCACCGCUCCAAAACCGCACCGGCUAUGGCGGCAAUCAAUGGAAUUGACCAUUGCUCGAAUCCGAAGCCGCCGCCGCAGUUUGCCACGCCCUCCAUUGUGAAGCAGGGUGUGAUUUUCUUGAUCAUUUACUUGAGCUUUGGUGUGAUUAUAUACUCUUUCAAUUUGGAUUCUUUCACUGCCGUUAGAACUCACCCUGUUGUAGAUGCUUUGUAUUUCUGCAUUGUGACUAUGUGUACAAUUGGCUAUGGUGAUAUAACUCCUGAUAGCACUGCUACCAAGCUGUUUUCCGUCACUUUCGUGCUUGUGGGAUUCGGUUUCAUCGAUAUUUUGUUAAGUGGGAUGGUUAGUUACAUGCUUGAUUUGCAAGAGAAUCAUCUCUUGAGGACUAUCAAGAGCCGGGGUGCUCACGAUCCUCCCUCGUAUAUCAUCGAUGCGAAGAAGGGGAGGAUGAGGAUACGGAUGAAAGUGGCGUUGGCGUUAGGCGUUGUGGUUCUUUGCAUUGGAGUUGGGGUUGGUGUGAUGCAUUUUGUGGAGAGGCUUGAUUUGUUGGAUUCGUUCUAUCUGUCUGUCAUGUCUGUGACCACUGUUGGAUAUGGGGAUAGGGCGUUCAAGUCUUUGCCCGGGAGGGUUUUUGCCUCCGUUUGGUUGCUCGUGUCGACUCUUGCUGUUGCUAGAGCCUUCCUCUACUUGACUGAGCUGAGGGUUGAGAGGCGGCACAGGAGGAUGGCUCAGUGGGUGCUCGGGCAGGAUAUGACUGUUGCGCAGUUUCUUGCUGCAGAUAUCGAUAACAAUGGCUUUGUGUCUAAAUCCGAAUUCGUAGUAUACAAGCUCAAGGAGAUGGGCAAGGUAACAGAGAAGGACAUUUUGCAGAUAUGCAAACAGUUUGAACACCUCGAUGAAGGAAACUGCGGGAAGAUAACUCUCGCAGAUCUUAUGGAAAGUCACCAUUGAUACAAUACUUUCUUCCGAGUUCAGACUAUUCAGUCAUGGGGCAAUGCAAUUGCAGCUUCGAACUCAGAUGAGACGAGGAUCAGUUAGAUGCUCGGAUCAUACAACUUUGCUCAUCGUUGUGAUAGGCCGAGCCUCUGCUAGCUCCAUACCAGGUAAAAGUUUAGUUCUAUCUUCGUAUAUGUGAGGAUAUCGCGUAAAAGUGAGCCUUGUCCACUUUGGCUGUGGCUCGUCUCAGCUCGACUCGAUUUAGUCAAUACAUACAUAACUUUGGGUAUGUAUGAAGGUGUAUAUGAUCCCCUUUCUUAGGCUCUAAUUCUUGCCGUAGGAUGGGAAGUGGAAAAUGUAAAUGCUAAGUAUUUGUAUUAGUUAGUUAUUGAAGCCUAUUUAUAAACAAGAGCAUUUAAUAUUUUUUUUCUCAAUGUGUAUUUGUAUUAUAAAGCAGCUAAAUUAUACUACUAGAGUUUUGAUCUAUUGAAUUAAAAAAGUUAUAAUUUUAUUGCAUUAA